GCGUUGAUAAUAAGCUAUCGAAAGAAGGUUCAAGGCAGGCAAGAUCUAGAGGAGGCGUUUGGUGCAGUUGAUGCGCUAAUGAUUGAAGUGUCAACGUACUUCGAUGCAAUCGAGUCGGACCUCGGCUCCGCUAAGGUGGAUCUGGUUAAGCGUGGUAUAGCAAUGUUUGAGGAUUUAGACCAAACUUUAAAUGCAAGGCUGCCCAACGACAUGAAUCAUCUUCGAGAAGUAAAAGAUGCCAUUAAUUGCCUUAUUCCGGAGCACUUGGAAAGAUCGCAGUUGAUUGGCGAGUUUGAAAAUAAGGUGGCACUCGCGGAAGAACGUUAUGCGAUGCUUCUGCGGCGUAAAAUUACAAUUGAGAAAGAAUCAAAAAAGGUUUUAGCGCGACUUCAAAGUUUCGAAGAAUUCACCGAUGUCCUGCAAAGUGUUGUUUCAAAGGCCAAAGCACAACUUUUAAUUCUUAAAGAUGGACCAAAAGUGUAUGGAAAAUCUGCUCCGAAGGAUCUUGAGACAAUGAAAUCAUGGCACUCUGACUGCGACGAUCUCGUCAGUCUGAUCAAUUCUUGUCAAAAUGAGGCCAGAGGGCUGCAAUUGCUUUUGAGUGAUUCGGACCUCAAAGCACCACCAGGAUGCGUGGAAGUGCAGAAGGAGUAUGACGAAGUCCACGGCGAAAUAAGUAAACUUCUCACAAAAGCUGGAGCAUUAACUGCCGACUUUGCAUUGUUCAAAGAACACGAGAAUGCAGUGGAGCUCGCUCUGCAAGAGAUCAAACUGCCCACUAGCAAAUCACCUUAUGGAAGCCGACAAAACCUUCGAGCUUCCUCUGCCGCCGAAAUGUCGAGACGCACAGUAGAGAUUGAAAACCAACUCCAUGUUAAACCAAGAAUUACCGACAUCCUCCACGAAAUGCAAGCCUGUUGUGAAAGGGCUUCUGCCAUUGGAUUGUUUGGUGACAUUGUUCAACUUUUGCAUAGGGAACUGGAUGGGUUGAAGAAGAGAAGUGACUUGGCAUUUGCAGCUCUCUUGUCAGAACAGGAUGAGAUAACAAAGAGUUUGAAAGCACAAUCAGAGAUGGAAGACACUCUCCAAAGUGCGGAGGAUUGGCUAGCACUGAUGGAAAGUCAAGUUAAACUAUCGUCCGUCGAGUCUUCUGUGCUUCAAGAAAACAUUCAUUUUUAUCAAAAAGAACUUACUCGUCUUACAAAUCUUUAUAAGGAAAUAUCUUCAACUGGAUCGCAACGCAUCUCUAGUCUUCUCUCAAAGAAGGAGGAAUUGUCAGAUGAGGUCAUUCGCGAGAGAAAGCGUCGGUUAAAAGUGCGGUACAAUGAGCUAAUGAAAAUGGCCUCACAGGAGCGGGAUCAAAGCUCUAAAGCGCUGACGGCGUGGAAUGAAUUAGAAAUUAGUGUGAAUGCCUGCAAUGCGCUCUUGAAUAGUGCUGAGGGCAGACUCGACAGAGCCGAAGAUGGCAGUGUUGACCAAGAGGUGGAAUCGUUGAAGGAAGCUCUUCAGACGAUGUCGAGAAAGGAUCUGCAAAAUCAGCGGAUCCUUGAGGUUGUUGACACCACUAAACGCACUUUUUAG